UUUUCAAGUUGACGGUGACAACUAUUUGAUCGAAACUUAACAGGUUUCUGAUAAAAAAUAAUCAGUUACUGUUUUGUUAUUGUUUAAACUGGAAUUAGGUUUAUCUUGCAGGUGGAAUGGGUCAAUAGAAUAAAAGCAUUAAAUUUACAAAAGGCGGUAUCAUUGUUCAAUUUUUAUAAUUUGCUUUCGAAACUGAACAAAAUUCUUAUUCUUAAAUACUUCCUUGCUUUACUUCAAUGAAAAAGUGCAUGAAGUGAAUGAACAAGAUUUGAUGCUUCAAUUGUACAAACAUUGACUAUGUAGGUGUAUGUUGUGUGUGCAUCUUCUUUCGUCAAAGUUGAAGUAGAACCAAAAACAGAGAAAUUAAAAUAGUUUCGAUCAAUUUUCAUGAAUAUGAAAGAACUUACUGCAAAUCUUGGUACUCAAGAACGAUUUCCACUGAGAAUCUGGGAGCUUGUGUUCUACGUCAUCAUUUCCGCAUUUGGCAUUACCGGGAAUUCAAUAGUUCUUGCUGUUUUGAGGCGAAAACGAGAAAUGCGAUGUUCUGCUUUUGGAGUAUAUCUUAGCACGCUUGCAAUUGUCGAUAUACUGGUAUGUGUGCUGUGUUUGCCAGUUUAUGUUACCUCCACAGAGGCUUUCAAGAGUCACCCGACAGGACAAGCUGGUGAUAUUGUUUGCAAAUUUUGGACCAAUUAUUUUGUUCUGUUCUAUUUUGCAGUGAUAUCUGUGUUCACAUUAGUUGCUAUCUCGGUCGAACGUUAUCUUGCCAUUUGCAAACCAAUGAAAGCAAGAAUCAAAUCAACUCCAAAAAGAGCUAGAAGAAUUGUUAUUUGUAUCUUAAUUUUAUCAUUGCUGCCAAACUUUGCAUUGAUUGUUGGCCUAAGAUACGCAGAGCCUGGUGAAAAUAGCUUUGGUGCCCAUUGCACUGCAGUCAAGUUCGCGAACGAUGCUGUAUGGAAGGUCUUUUACGUUAUAGUCUUGCUAACACAGUAUGUCAUUCCUAUUACCUUGAUGAUAGUUUGUUUCAUUAAAAUCAAGAGAACGCUUCGGAGAUAUGCACUGGAUGCACUAGCAAGCAAUAAAAUUGGUCUAAACAGCCUACAAAGCGGACACUUGUUGUUACUGCGAACCCGAGCAAGAACCACACGCACUGUGGUUAUCAUGAUAUUGGCCUACUUUCUUUGCUGGUCGCUAAACCAAGUGCUUUAUUUUAUGCUGAACAUUGGCUAUGGUGUUGCAUGGAAUGGGGAUUUGAUGCAAAUUAGUGUUGUGCUUUGUUUCUUCUCGUCUUGUAUCAACCCAGUUAUUUACGUGUCCAGAAGUAAACAGUUCAGGGAAGAAUUUAAGAAGCUGCUCUGUCACUCUUCAAACAAAAGAAAUAUCAGCACAAUCACGUAAUGAGAGUCAUCAAAGUCAAAUCAUUUCGCAACCUGAUAACUCAAAUAGCUCAAACCAAACAUUGGAAUUCGAGCUUUUAAUGCUUCUAUCAAACUUCUAUCUACCUAUUCGAGCUUUUAAUGCUUCUAUUGACAUCAAAUGUUUAUAAUCAUAAGAAAGCAAACUAGACAAAUAGGAAAUUAAAUCUUCGAAUUCCCCCCAAACCCAGAAUAAGUCCCCCCUCAAAUAAACCCCAUGUAAGUAUUCCCUGAAUAAAAAUAUACUCCACCCUCGAAGAAUUUUCAUCAGCACUGGAACGAAUUUCUUAACGUUCACAAAAUUAUGAUGAUACUUUCAAAAAAGCAACAAAACAACAAAACUUAUCAUUUCAAGAUAAUGAAAACAGCUGAACGUCAAAGCAUUGAUCAGAUCAAACCUUUACAACUUGUUUUGGUAGUCAUUUUUGCAGACCUUAUCAUUAGAUUCUAUAACAUAAGAACUUCCUAUUCUGAAUGUUGCUAAUAAGCCCCACCCUGCAAUGAGCCCCUUUGAAUAAGCUAACAGUAAUUGAUUAGCUUUUAUCGGAAACAUGUUCAGUUCUGAUUAAGUAGGUUUUACCGUCAACUUGGAAUAAUCAAUCAUUCUUAUUUAUAAGAUUAAAGAAAGAAAUAGUCCAUUUUGACGCGAAUACAUAUGCAUUUUAAUACCUGCCUUUCUGAUUUUGUUUACUGAUCUAUAUAAAGUUUGCUUCAGUUUCUUCAAAAAGCAGAAAAGCACUUAAUCUAAACAAAUAUUGACAUUAACAUUUCUUUUUAAGCUAUGAUUAGACUUUCUCCACGAAUCAAUGUAAAAUAUCAAAUGAAAAUGUAACAUGAGAAUAAAGAAAUUUUGGUCUGUAAUGAAACUAAAAUGCUGUACAAUUCAGUUGGCUUCACAUUUCACCAAUUUCUUUAAAUUAUUAAUUUCAUAUUUGAUGUUUUUAGUUGCACAAUCGAUGCUUCUUCUAAUUCAAAAUGUGUAGAAGUAGUAAAUAUAACUUUGUUUUGUGGGUUUUGUAUCAAUCUUAAAGUGUAAAUAUGCCUAGCCUUAGUAACGAAGUUGGUAACUAACUACUAAUAUAUUGCGUAGAAAAAAUCAUAUCAUAGUGUUUGCUAGACUAGUCAUGUCCUUUUGACGUACUGGACAACCUCAAGCAGAAAUUAAUAUCUCUUGGCUAUUAAGAUGUAUAAUAAUUUAUAACGUAUUAGAAUUAUAAAUUGUAAAAAGUCUCCAAUAAGAUAAAUGAGAGGUGAACAUUUAUUUUCAUUUGCUAGCAUAGAACAUGAAGUGUAUAAUUAAACAUGUAAUUUCUUUUUUCUGGAUCAAAUUACAUACUGAACUAAUGUUUACUGAGGUACCACAAGGUUCAUGCUUGGCGCUACUUUCUGUUUACAUUCUCAAAAUAGUUUCUGAUGUUCAACCUCAGACAUGUAAAAUAUCACAAAACUAAUUGAUGAUAUAGAAACCCGAGUUUUGACUAUAUAAUUUAGCUUAGAUAGUAAACAGAAUAUAUCAUUGCUACUCACAAAACACAUA